UUCACGCAGCCCGCGCCGGUGGUGAAUGCAAGCGAGAGAAAUUCAACUGCGUGAUCCGAGAGGCAGACAGGCGCAGGCGUUGUUUCCUGGUCUUGGAGGGAUUUUGCGGGCUCCUAUUUUACACCAAAACCGGACACAACGUGAUUGGGGAACGGGAAUACAGCCUUGAUGUGGGCAGUAUGAGUAAGACGCCCCCUAACAGAAGAGGGAUAACAUUUGAGGUGGGAGCUCAGCUCGAGGCCAGAGAUAGCCUCAAAAACUGGUAUGCUGGCACCAUUGAAAAGAUUGACUACGACGAUGAGAAAGUGCUAAUUCAUUACCGUCACUGGAGCCAUCGCUACGACGAGUGGUUUGACUGGACAAGUCCUUACUUGAGACCCGUGGAGAGGGUCCAGUUGAGGCGUCAAGGCCUGCAAGACGACGCUCCUGUGCCUGGUUUUCAAGUGAAUGAUAAGGUUCUAGCAAGCUGGUCUGACUGCCGUUUCUAUCCUGCUAAAGUCAUCUCCGUCAACAAAGAUGCAUCGUACACUGUGAAGUUCUUUGAUGGGGUCAUUCAGACAGUAAAGGAAAUACACGUGAAACCUUUUAUUAAAGAGAGAGCUGCAGGGAAACCUCGGAGUUUGGAAAGAAAUAUGGUUAGGAGAGUGGCAAACCGCAGGAGGCCUCAAGUUAACGGCGAUCCCAGGACCAAGCGGGCGAGGCGCAGCACCUCUGACCAGGAGGAUGAAAGUAACAGUGAAGACGAGGAGCACGAAGCCAGAAUGGCGAACAGAAAAAACAAGCGAGCAAACGGUAAAAUGGAGCCCGCUCUUAAACAGGCGGAGGAAAAAAUUGUGCAAGCGGACCAGAAGAAGCCCUGCGGUGAUGCAGAAGCGACCAGCCGACUUACAAACGGAGCAAAUGACUCUCAUAAACAAAAUGAUGACACAUUUCAUGUAAACGGAGAAGUGAAAAAAGAGGAUAUUGAAAUUGAAGCAAGCGCAACACAGCAAUACUCUGACUCAGUCAAGCCAUGCACAGAAGUGCCCAAUCCAGUAGAGCAGACACCCACACAAUCCAAUGGAGAUGUGGAGCAGAAACCAAACAUCCAAUCAGAGACCUCACAGCCUGCAGAAGACGUGCCGCCGCCUGCCCCGCCGCCUGUGAAACCGGUGAGGAAGCAGGGUUUCCACAAUCCAAACAGAUUCAGCAGAGAACCACUGUACCGCGUCAUCAAAAACCAACCUCCUCCCGUACUCUCCAUCAACCUCGACCACAACCCGUUUAAGUGUAGUGCCCCCGGCUGCACAAAGUCAUUCCGUAAGGCUAAGCUGUUGCAUUACCAUAUGAAAUAUUACCAUGGUGAGGAGCAACCUCUGGAGUCCGAGUGCAGCCCCACCAGGAGCAUCCAGACCAGAGCAUCAGAAAAACAAGCCACUGGCUCCAGUCUGGACGGCCCAAAGAGAAGGAGAACCAUUUCGGCUUCUAUGCACACUGUUGUAGCUGCUGCAGCUACUCGAGGUGAAGUGAAACCUGCAGGCAGACGCACAUCUGCUCCCUCUGCAAUCAACAUGCAUGGCCACCAGCAGAGGGCGCUACUCAGGGAGAAAAGCAAGGAGAACCAGCUGAACAGAAAUGGAUGCCUACAGGAUAAAGUGGCAGACAAGUGCAGCUUUGACUUUGGUCUAAUGAAAGACAGGCCAAAAGAAAAACCCAAACAGAAGGACUUCCUUCGCAUUAAGCUAAAGAAGAGGAAGAAAAAGAAAAAGCUCCAGUCUGACUGCACAGGUAGUGAGGAGAAUAUUGACAUCUCAGUAUUGUGCCCUCCACCCAAAUUGAAAAUGCCAUUCAAACAUCCCCCCCCACACAAUCACAAGCCUGAGGCCUAUCGCAGCAGGCCUGGAUACAGCGACUCAAUGCAGAUAAAUGUGGAUGAUGACGACAGUUUAAGUGACUGGUCUACUGACAGCUGUGGAUGGAGUGAUGAGGACUACGGAGUGGAUUUGACAACCCCGCCCCUCAGCCUGGAUUCUGGUGCUGCGAGCAACGACCAAGAGAUUGUACGAUGCAUCUGUGAGGUGGAAGAAGAGAACGAUUUCAUGAUCCAGUGUGAAGAUUGUUUAUGCUGGCAGCAUGGCACAUGCAUGGGCUUGCUGGAAGACAACGUUCCAGACAGAUACGCUUGUUACAUUUGCAGAGACCCUCCAGGCCAGAGGCAGAGUCUGCGCUACUGGUAUGACCGUGAAUGGUUGAACAAUGGUCAUAUGUACGGCUUGUCCUUCUUGGAAGAAAACUACUCUCAUCAAAACUCCAAAAAGAUCACCACCACACACCAACUACUUGGAGAUGUGCAUCAUGUGGUGGAAGUCCUCAAUGGACUGCAUCUGAAGAUGAACGUUUUACAGAACAACACACAUCCUGACCUGAAGCUGUGGUGCCAACCUUGGAAGAGUAAUGCAAGGCCACCGAUUAGCUCUGACUCUUGUCGCGGCAGCAACACCGCGCCCUCUCCCGUGACUCCCGAUGAGGACAUGAGUCGGGGCGAGAUUUUAAUGUCCAACGCCCUGGAGAAACUAAGCCGGACUGCAACCGCUGCCACCUCGUCUUCCUCGUCGUCCUCGUCGUCCCCAUUCCCGUCAUUCCAGGACUCGUACAUCACCAGCGAACACUGCUACCAAAAACCACGGGCGUACUACCCUGCGGUGGAGCAGAGGCUGGUGGUGGAGACCCGACAGGGCUCCGAGCUAGAAGACAGUUUGAGAAGCACUGAGGAGCUGCUGGAGCGAGAGCAGCGUUUUGGCAGCCUGCUGGACACGGACAAACCCAAGUCCAUCACCGUGAAAAACAAGGCUUUGGCGGGCGGCUCCUGGUCUGAGGUGGAAGUAAAGAAGGAGGCUUGGUGUUACCCCGAGGAAACUGCAGACAACGGCAAACCACAGCAGCAGUGGCAGAUCAACCUGCUGGAUCACAUAGAUGCAGUUCAAGACGAGGUCUCGCACAGGAUGGACUUCAUCGAGCGCGAGUUGGACGUGCUGGAAAGCUGGUUGGACUACACCGGGGAACUGGAGCCUCCUGAGCCCUUGGCCCGUCUGCCUCAGCUCAAACACCGCAUGAAGCGACUGAUGUCACAGCUGGGAAAGGUGCAGCAGAUCGCCCUGUUUAGCUCCACAUGAGGGCGCCAGAGAUCAGCAGCAAGGGACUGUCAUGAAGCGACGGUCAAGCGCCAGACUGGUUGUUCACUAGUUCUCCCCGGCCUGAGGUUUGCAGCUGUUCCUCUCCGUCUUUGAGGAGUCCGAUGCGGUGUAGUCGUAUGCGACGGGCGGGCGCAAAACUGACACGCUUACACAAACAAGUAAGGAAGGUCAGCAUCAGCAAUCAGGAUUAAACACAAGAAGUAACCUCGUACAUGCAAGAGAAAGUCCAGAUUACUCCAUGGUUCCCAUGCAACUUGAUAAGAUGCCAUAUAGCUGAAGGUUGGUCUGCUUUUUGUUCUCAGUGCUUUAAAGACGGGCGUUAUAUACUGCUUGCAAGUUAAGUUCCUCUGGAAGAAUAUUUUUGAAUACAUGGCCACACUUUUUGCAUCGUCAAUGUUCAGAUAUACAUGUCGGUUCUCUUCUUGCAUCCUCAAAGAACUCUUUAUGUAAUGGCACUUUACAGGCACUCAUGUCAAACCUUUUGAUCCGUUUUGAUUACCUGGAGUGUUUUGUUCUUCUUUACAGUGAAGUUAUUUUUGUCUUCAAUCACAGGAAUUUUUAACUUUACCAUUUGAAAUAGUGACAUUCAUUUAUUCUGUGUUUGUCCUCACUGUAGCGCCGCUCUCCAGGUUCAGUCGUGUGCCGGGUUUUUGUGUUUCUGUUCAAGUAUUCCUUCAUAUAAUUGUUGCUGUAACACUUAACUCACUAAAGGCAUAUUCUAAUCCAGACUGUUUUCCAAUCAAAUUGUAUUGCCCCUUUUUUUUUUUCUUUCAGUUUCACCUUUACAGUACUUUGUAAAUACUGUAUGUUCUUUUAAAUCCUGAAAACGUUCUCCAAAUACAGAUGUCGUCUGCUACUGUACUAUCUGACGUAGAGCAGGGAAAAUGUCAAACACAUUUGCUGGUACAUAAAUAAACUAUUAUUAUUAAUCAUAA